AUGUCGGCUCUGACGAAAUCUUAUGCUGAUACGAAAAUAAAAAAUCGACGUAUAAUGAUGUUUGCCAAAUCCAAUGAUCCCGAUUCACAAAUAGCUCGCGAAAUAUUUGCAGAAUAUUCUUUACCUAAAGAUGCAUAUGAAUACGUUGAUAUAGAGAAACGGCAAGACUGUAGACAAUUAGAAAAUUAUUUUCGAUAUCUUUGCUUUACUGAUCGCCGAAAAAGUCCAUAUAUUUUCAUCAAUCAACUUUACUUUGGCUCUUUAUUUGAAUUAAAUAUUUGUCAUAAAAAUGGUUCAUUAAGACAAGUGUUGUCUUAA